UCAUGAUGAUCAAAACUGGAGUGUCCUUCGUUCUGUUGAUUUUCUUGCUGUGUGGUUUAUAUUUGAAAUGAAAACUGAAAAAAAAAUUUUCCAUUUCAAAACGAGAUAUGAAUGAAAAAUUAGUUAAUUUUUGGAGAAGUUUUCUGCCAUUAUUACAAGCUGGUGGACAUGGAACAAUAAUUGCACAAUGUCGUAAUGCAAAUAUUAUUACCUGGCGUACAAUACCUAUGCAAGUUGAUGGUGAACCAUGUCGUUUAUUACCAUCAAUUAUUAAUCUAGAAUUACGUAAUAAAGCAAAUAUUGUUGCCAAUACAAAAACAUUUGAACAUAAACGACAAAUGCCUGCAUUGGAAAAAAUAACAUUAAAAAUACGUAAAUUAAAUCUAAAUGAUUAUGAAACAUAUCAUUAUGAUAAGGAAAAAUUGAAAGAAAUUUCCACUGUACUUGGUACAAUAACUAUUGAUCAAAUAAUGGAAUUAAGUAAUGUACGAAUACGUAUUAAUGAAAUGAUGAAAGAAAAAGGAUUAAGACGUCCAUCAUCAGAUUUAACUGCUGUUGCUGCUGCUGCUGUUGGUAAUGUAACCCCAAUAACGGCUAUGUCGACUGGACAAUCAUCACAAUUGCCGACAUGUUUUGAAAAUGAAUCGUCACCGAAUGAAACA